AUGCCACGCCCUUUCUUCCACAAGUUGAUUUUCUCAUCCACUAUCCAAGAAAAGCGUCUAAGAGUUCCAGAUAAGUUUGUGAGUAGAUUCAAGGACGAGCUAUCGGUUGCAGUUGCCCUCACAGUACCUGAUGGUCACGUUUGGCGUGUAGGACUAAGGAAAGCUGACAACAACAACAAGAUUUGGUUUCAAGAUGGUUGGCAAGAGUUUGUUGACCGUUACUCCAUCCGCAUUGGUUACCUUUUGAUCUUUAGAUACGAAGGCAACUCUGCCUUCAGCGUGUGCAUUUACAACUUACCACAGUCCGAGAUUAACUACCAUUCCACCGGUCUCAUGGACUCUGCAUCACACAACAACCACUUCAAACGUCCCCGUUUGUUUGAAGACCUUGAAGAUGAAGAUGCUGAGACUCUGCACACAACCGCUUCAGCCAUCCAGAGCUUCUUCACUGGACCUGUUAAACCUGAAGAGGCAACACCAACACAAACCUCAAAAGUUCCUAAAAAGAGAGGGAGGAAGAAGAAGAAUGCUGAUCAUCCUGAGGAAGUAAACUCAUCUGCACCGAGAGAUGAUGACCCAGAGAGCCGUUCAAAGUUCUACGAGAGUGCUUCUGCGAGAAAGAGAACAGUGAAUGCUGAAGAGAGAGAGAGGGCUGUUAAUGCAGCCAAAACGUUUGAGCCAACAAACCCUUUCUUCAGAGUUGUUCUGAGACCGUCUUAUCUAUACAGAGGUUGCAUCAUGUAUUUGCCUUCUGGUUUUGCUGAGAAGUACUUAAGUGGGAUCUCGGGAUUCAUCAAGGUCCAGCUAGGGGAGAAACAAUGGCCUGUGAGAUGCCUAUACAAAGCAGGGAGAGCUAAGUUCAGUCAAGGUUGGUAUGAGUUCACUGUGGAGAAUAACCUAGGAGAAGGUGAUGUCUGCGUGUUUGAGCUGCUGAGAACCAGAGAUUUCGUUUUGAAAGUGACGGCCUAUCGAGUCAACGAGUAUGUCUGA